AUGAUAUUUAUUUCAUGCCGAGUAACAUUAUCUUUGUAAGUAUUUAUUUUAUUAUUAUUUUAAGAAUUUUUUAGAUUUUGAGUACACUAAGCUUUUUUUUUUUGAUUUUCAAAGGACCUGGUAUUCUUUGUUCAACUUAAAUCAACAGUGAGUAAAAAGUUUAAGUUUUUACACCUUAAGGAGAUAAAUAGUUUCAUUUUACUGAUAAAACAAAUAAGUCAGCCGCUAAAAUAUUACAAUCUUCUCUUGUUAUUUAUAAGCGGAAGCAUCUCAAUUCUAUAAAAGAAGAUGAAUCAAUAAAAGAAGAAAAAUAAAUAGAAAUUCCUUCACUCAUUUAGUAGGAUAAUUCUUAAAUACAAGAGAAAUAGUAGAAAUCACAACCAUAAUCUGUAGUUUAUUUAGAAUAACUAUAUUGUAUUGCAUGUUUUAUUGAUCAAAUCUUAAGAUCUCGUCACUGUAAAAUAUGUGGUGCUUGUAUUUUAGCCUAUGAUCAUCAUAAUUUUAUCCUUGGUAAAUGUAUUGGUGAGAAAAACAAAUUCAUAUAUAUAAUCACACUAAUAUUCCAUAGCAUUCAAGUAAUUUUAGCUACGCUUUACUUAGAAACCAUACCUUUUUAAAUUGCCAACAUUAUUUAUGGAGUGAAAACUUUGUCUAUUCUUGUUUUUUGCUACCUUACUUUUUUACUUCUUUAUUAAAUCUAUUUGAUAGUGACAAAUUAAACCUAAGCUGAAAAUAGAUUUAGAUAUAAGUUAAGUUACAUGAAAUAUGUCAAAGAUGAAAUUAGAAUGCCUUUUAAUUAAGGGUUUAAGUGUAAUAUAAAAUAGUUUUUCAUUUCAUCAUUUUAAAAGUAACCUUACAAAUGGGCAUUUGUAUAAUGA